CAUUUAGGCAAGUUAAACGCGGUGCGUUGCAGGCUUUAAAUUAUUCCUGCGGUUAUAUAUGAUUUUGUUAAUCUAAGACAAUUUUGUUCCUAAAAAUUGAUGCAAAGAAAUUAAAAAAAAAGCACUUCAAAAGUGCUUAUGUAAAAAAGGUGUUACGAAGUAUUGUUAAUUUAAAAAAAAACAAAAGACUAAGAAGCUCUGUCUGCUAUUUGAGAAGGUCAACAGCACGAGCACAUUUUAUAGUUUGCUAAGUUAACAUUAUAAUCUAGUAGUAUGGAGAAGGACUACCUAAAGUUUCGAAGACUAGCUGGCUGCAAUGAGCUCUCGCACCCACCACUAUAUUCUCCAAAUGGAGAUGCACUUUUCACCUUAAGCCACAAUCUCGUACAGGUGUUCUCUUCAACGACAGGGCAGUUAUUGCGUCAACUUGAAGGUGCAAAUGAUAAAUUAAUAUCUAUGGAAAUUGGCUUAAAACAGAAUGAUAUGCUUGUUGCUUGCUCAGAGUCGGGCGAGUUAUUGCGUUGGGAGUGGCAAAGUGGCGACCUUAUGAAGCGAUUAGAAAUUAAAUUGCCUAACAUAAAAGUGUUGACAUGUAACCAGUUAAAUUUUUAUGGCAAUGCGGACACGGCCUCACUAUUUAUUACAUAUAAAAGUGAUACAACACAAUUUGUGCAGUGGAUGCUAAUAGACACAAAUAAAGGAAAUCAACGUCGUGUACGCUGUUCACUUGUGCUAAAAAAACAAACCCCUCUUGUUAGUGUGGAUACCGAAAAUCACAAUUACAUAGCUUUGGUGCAAGGAUUUUAUGUAUAUUUUAUUGACUACAAAACAUGGCAAUGGAGCAGAUUAAAAAAUGCUCACGAAGUACCGGUAACUGUUGUACGUGUGCAUCCCAAAGAACACAUGAUCGCAACAGGUGAUAACCUAGGCAAAAUAUUUUUAUGGCGUGAGUUUAUGAAUCAGCAAACCGUGAAAACAUCACUUUACCAUUGGCAUCAUACAAGUGUCACAAGCAUUGCAUUUUCAGCAUCUGGUACGAGUUUUUAUAGCAGUGGUUUGGAAUCUGUGCUGGUCAAGUGGAACAUAGCGAAACCAGAUAUUCGUCAGUUUAUACCUCGGAUAGGUGCAUACAUAAGACAUAUUGUUGUUUGUAGCAACAAUAGUCAAGUGGCAGUAUGUACAGCUGACAACGCAGUGCGUAUUAUGGGCGCCGAUGAAAAGUUAAUAUGUACACUCCACGAUUUUACCUACAUACCAGAUGACAAAACGGGUAAGGAUAGGUUCCCAGUAGGCUUGCGCUUAAAUCCACGUUCAAAUACACUCGCUCUCAAUGGACGCAUUGGACAUUUGCAGUUCUAUUCAGUGUACACAAAAAGUUUGCUAUACAAUUUGGAUGUAGUUAUGCAAAAUCAGUUAUCUACGGAGGCUAAUAAAAUACUGUACAAUAUAAGUGUGGAGCAGGCGGCUUUCAAUAUUGAUUGGAUGGUGACGGGAGAAGUGUUUAAUGAUAAUGAACACUUUCCCGAGUUGCGUUUAAAAUUUUGGCGUUUUAAGGAUGAAAUACAGAAUUACUCACUUAACACUGUUAUUGAAUUAGCACAUGAUGUUGGAUUGUCAGCGAUAGAAUUCUCAAGUGAUUAUAGCGUAGAUAAUCUGCUUUGUGCCACAGCAGGCAAAGAUCAUAAAGUUAAACUUUGGGCACUUGGCACAUCGGAUGAUAUACAUAAAACGGACAAAUACUGGUAUAACUUAGCACAAUUUAGUUACAAAGAUUUGCCAAUAGCAUCCUUAUCAUUUUCACAAGAUGGUUCACUGCUUGCUGCUGGCUUUGGUGAUACGCUUUGUAUAUAUAAUAUGGCUACAUUAAAGCUAAAAGUAGCGCUAAGUGGCACUGUAGGCGCAGAUGGAGCUAUACACAAAGCACAAAUAGUUGUACCGAAGGUAAAGACUACAUUUGAUGAUGAAAUGUACGAAAAGCGCGCAAAAGUCAUGCAAUUUUUUGUGAAUCUUCUGGAAGAUAAUGAGAAAAGUGCAUUAAAUAAUUUACAAGAAUUGCUUAAUACAUCUGAUACAAGCUCUACAGUGCAGCAGCAACCAGUAACAUCUUUGUCAGCUGUUUCUCAGGAAGAUAAAAAAGAGCUGUUUCGUGAAAUAUUGGACAUACAAGAAUUAAAUUUUUAUCAAAAGGUUUUGCUAUUUCAAAAACUGGGCAUCACCUGUAAGCCACGUGAAGGAAUGGAAACAAGAUUAGCUAGCUAUCUACGGAAAACAGUGUGUAAUGAAUUUAUCAAUGUGAAAAUAAAGGAUUUGCAUAAAAAAGUGGCACAACUUAGCAGACGAGAACGGUUUAGAGCGAAAUAUCGUCUGCAUUUGUACACAAGACGGAAACGAAAUUAUGAUGAGGAAAUAGCUCAGAAUCUGGUUCCUAUACUUAGUGUGCUCAAUAUUCAGGAUAUUACCAAAUCAUCUAAGGAGAGUAAAAACACGUCUCGUCAAGAAGACAUAACUCAACAACAAAAAGAGAGAAAAGAAGCAUAUGAUCGGACGACGCAUAGAAUACUGCCAAUACCACAGGUACCUGCAGUUAUUAAAAAAGUCCAAUUCGCAACUAAUCAGUUUGCACAUAUGAUACUCGCCUGCACAGAGAAUCGUGUGUUGAUCUGGAAUUUACUUACACUACGCAUUGAAAGUGUUAUGAAUCUGUCCAUGAAACACUUUUCAUUCGAUCCUCUUAAUAGUUUAGUAGCUGUAAUUAAUAUACAUAAUGAAUUGUUUGUGUUUCAACCUCAUGUGACGUGGCCCUUGUAUCAUCGUGCUAGUAUGCCUGAAAUGCACGGUACCGUUUGGUUACCACGUCGUUACGUUAUACCAAGUUCAUUAAACAUUAACUGGCAGUCUCAGUCUAUAUUAUUCUUUUUAACUGAAAAGCAGGAAAUUAUUUAUCUAAGCGCUGAUGAAGAUUUAGAUGCAGGUGCACCAAAACCUGUUAUAUUUGAGAAAACAUCAACACCUUUGGGCGUGCAAUAUACAACUUUUGGAACAUAUGCCACUAAGCAAAUUAUUAAUAAAAAACCUGUUAGACAACGCAUUGGACCUCUUGUGCAAAGCAAUGCUGGAAAGGAAGCUAUAAAAGCGUUUGUGAGUAUGUCCACCCACACAAUGCCGCCAAUGCAUCUACUUGCUGCUGAUCUGCUGCAGGCAAUGUUAAGCCGAUUUAGUGAGACCCCAGUGCAGAGCAAAGAAAGAAAAAUUGCAGCACAACUCCGGAAUGGUGGUCAGCGUGGAGGGGAUGAAAAUGGUGAUGAUGAUGGAGACGAUGACGAUGAUGAUGUAGAUAAUAAUGAUGCAAUGAUUGGAAGUAGACGUAUCAAUGGUGGCAUAGUAGGCACACAGAAUGGUCUUGUUGAAGUCGAUGAUACAGUAAAUUUAACGAGUGCAAAGACCGUAAAUCAAGGAGAAAGUAAAGCAUUAGCGUUAAGGAAACAUCUUUUGCUCAGAAAUGAAGAAAUCAGUAAAGAAAAAAAUAUAUUAAAGCUAAAAUCUAUGGACGAAAUAAGUUUAAACAAAGAAUUGUUACACAUUGCGGAACAGGAAAUUGAGUUCUAAAAUAAAUUUAAUAUAAUUACUAGUUAGAAGUAAAGAAAAAAAUUAGUUAUUUAAGUUUAAAUAUAGUUGUAAUUAUGGAAAAAGUUAGUAGACUUAUCGGCAAAUUAUGAA